AUGGAGUCAUUGAAGAGGGCCGUAGUAUGUUUGAUGUUGCUCCUCCUAUGGACGGACGGGUCGAAAGCCCAAACCCACAACCCUAGCAGGAUCGACACCCGUUACAAGAAUCCGAAGCUGCCGAUGGCCCUGCGGGUUAGGAGCCUCUUGGCCCAAAUGACGCUCAAGGAGAAAAUCGGGCAGAUGUCCCAACUUAACCACGUCAACAUAACGGCAGACAUCCUGAGGGAAUAUUCCCCUGGGAGCCUCAUCAGCGGGGCCGGUGAGACCCCACGCCCGGACAAUCGAGCCACCCCACAAGAUUGGAUCAACUUUGUCAACGACUACCAGAAAGGCUCCAUGUCUAGCAGGCUCGGGAUACCCAUGCUGUAUUCCAUUGACUCGGUCCACGGACACAACAGCUUGUACCGGGCCACCAUUUUUCCUCACAAUGUUGGACUUGGCGCCACUAGAGAUCGAGACCUUGUGAAGAGGAUUGGAGCGGCUACGGCUCUUGAAACGAGAGCGACCGGCAUUCCCUUUGCCUUUGCGCCAUGCAUAGCCGUUUGCAGGGACCCGAGGUGGGGCCGGUGUUACGAGAGCUUCAGUGAGGACCCACUCGUCGUUGAAGAGAUGACAGAUAUGAUCCUUGGUUUACAAGGAGACAACGGCGCAAAAGGUGUCCCUUACGUUGGUGGAAAAGACAAAGUGGUGGCCUGUGCAAAACACUACGUUGGUGACGGUGGCACCACAAGUGGAAGAGACGAAAACAACACCAUUGCAAACUGGCACGGGCUUUUGAGCAUGCACAUGCCCGGAUACUACCACGCCAUCAUCAAGGGCGUCUCCACAAUCAUGGUCUCCUAUUCCAGUUGGAACGGCCAGAAAAUGCAUGCAAACAGGACCCUCGUCACCGAUUUCCUCAAGGGCGUCCUUAAUUUCAGAGGAUUUGUCAUUUCCGAUUGGCAGGGUGUGGAUCGGAUGACUGAUCCGUGGGGAACUAACUACUCGGCCUCACUCGCUACAGCCAUUAAUGCCGGUGUUGACAUGGUGAUGGUUCCUCCCAAUGCAACCGAGUUUCUUCGUCUUAUGACUUCCCAUGUGGAGAACAAUCUAAUUCCUAUGAGCCGAAUUGACGAUGCUGUGAGUAGGAUUCUAAGGGUCAAGUUCAUUGCCGGUCUCUUUGAUCAACCAUUGGCCGAUAAUAGUUUGGUCGGUCAAAUUAGGAAACAGGAACAUAUGGAUCUGGCAAGAGAGGCUGUAAGAAAAUCACUUGUUCUCUUAAAGAAUGGGAAAGAAGCCGGCAAACCCAUGAUACCUCUUCCCAAAAAAGCAUCAAAGAUACUAGUCGCCGGAACACACGCUAACAACCUCGGAUUACAAUGUGGCGGUUGGACAGUUUUCUGGCAAGGAAUUCGUAACAGCAGCCUCAUAGCAGGGACCACAAUACUUAAUGGAAUCACGCUCACGGUAGAUCCGAGCACGCAAGUUGUGUACAGUGAGAACCCAGAUUCGGAUACAUUAGCAGAGGCCGAUGAGUAUUCGUAUGCCAUUGUUGUGGUAGGAGAGCUGCCUUAUGCCGAGCAGUUUGGAGACAAUUUCAACCUAACCAUUCCAGAGCCUGGCUUAAGCACAAUCAACAAUGUGUGUGAUAAAAUCAAGUGUGUUGUGGUGUUAAUUUCUGGCCGGCCGCUAGUUAUAGAGCCUUAUCUUCCAAAAAUCGAUGCCCUUGUUGCUGCAUGGCUGCCCGGAGCCGAAGGCCAGGGUGUGGCCGACGUGCUAUAUGGUGACUAUGGUUUUACAGGCAAAUUGCCAAGAACUUGGUUCAAGAGAGUAGACCAACUUCCCAUGAAUUUCGGAGAUGCGCAUUAUGAUCCUCUGUUUCCCUAUGGUGGCAACACGCCUCGUGAAGACCACCGGGCCACCCCUGAGGAGUGGGUCGACAUGAUCAACGCCUUCCAGAAUGGAUCUUUGUCGAGCAGGCUCGGGAUUCCAUUGCUUUACGCCAUAGACUCUGUGCAUGGCCACAAUAGUUUGUAUCGAGCUACCAUUUUUCCUCACAAUGUGGGCCUUGGUGUAACCAGGGAUCCAGAGCUCGUGAGGAAGAUCGGAGCUGCUACAGCUGUUGAAACUAGAGCCACAGGCAUUCCCUAUGCCUUUUCUCCAUGUAUCGCGGUAUGCAGAGACCCGCGUUGGGGUCGAUGCUACGAGAGCUAUUCUGAGGAUCCACAAAUUGUUACAGACAUGACAGACAUAAUAUUGGGCCUACAAGGCGAUAAUGGAAGAAAUGGAGUUCCUUACAUUGGUGGAAAGGACAAAGUUGUGGCUUGCGCAAAGCAUUUUGUCGGCGAUGGUGGCACGGUCAAUGGAAUAAACGAGAACAAUACAAUCAUUGAUUGGUAUCGGCUAAUGAGCAUUCAUAUGUCGGGAUACUACCAAGCAGUGAUCAAGGGGGUCUCAACCAUUAUGGUUUCAUUUUCGAGUUUGAAUGGGCAGAAGAUGCAUGGAAACAAGAAUCUCGUUACAGAUUUCCUCAAAGGCACCCUCAGAUUUAGAGGAUUUGUCAUUUCAGAUUGGCAGGGUAUCGACAAAAUGACCGACACAUCGGGAUCCAACUACUCGACCUCUUUAGCAACGGCCAUCAAUGCUGGAGUUGACAUGGUGAUGGUCCCACCGAAUCACACAGAAUUUCUUCGUAUCAUGUCUUCCCAUGUUGAAAACAACAUUAUCCCAAUCACUCGUAUUAACGAUGCCGUCAGUAGGAUUUUGAGGGUGAAGUUCACUCUAGGCUUUUUCGAAAACCCUUUGGCAGAUUAUAGCUUAAUUGGUCAGAUAAACAACCAGGCUCAUAAAGAUCUGGCAAGAGAGGCCGUGAGGAAAUCACUCGUCCUGUUAAAGAACGGAAAUGUGGCAAACAGACCAUUGCUUCCGCUCCCAAAAAAGACGUCAAAAAUCCUUGUUGCGGGAACCCAUGCAAACAACCUUGGACUACAGUGUGGCGGCUGGACAGUCGACUGGCAAGGAGUUGAAAACAACACCUUAAUAUCAGGAACAACAAUACUAAAUGCAAUCUCUGUCACAGUUGAUCCAAGCACUGAAAUCGUGUACAGUGAGAACCCAGACUCAGAAAUAUUAUCAAAUGCCAAUGAAUUUUCAUACGCUAUCGUGGUGGUGGGAGAGAAGACGUAUGCCGAGCAAUUUGGGGACAACUUAAACCUCAGUAUUCCAGAACCUGGUUUAAGCACGAUGAACAAUGUCUGCAACAAAAUCAAGUGUGUUGUAGUUAUAGUUUCAGGAAGACCACUAGUUGUAGAGCCUUAUCUUUCAAAGAUAGAUGGCCUUGUAGCUGCAUGGCUGCCUGGAACCGAAGGUCAAGGAGUUGUUGAUGUGCUAUUUGGUGACUAUGCCUUUACAGGAAAGUUGUCGAGAACAUGGUUCAAGAGAGUCGAUCAGCUUCCCAUGAAUGUUGGUGACAAGCACUAUGAUCCUCUUUUCCCCUUCGGAUUUGGACUAGCCACACAUCCUGUUGUUGCUGAUAUGUAG